GUAACAGCUGUCACAACCCAGCUCAAAGGAAAAGCAUUGCUCAAGUAUUUUAGGAGUGCCUUCUUGUGUCUUAAUACGUGACCUUUUAGCAUGUUUCUGUUCGUAUGCAAAUCUCACCUAGACUGUAUUUGUCCCGCACAGCCGAGUGUGAAAUGCAGGUGGUUGUGGGAACUGUUUUUUUUUGUUUUUGUUUUUUACAGAGCAUUGAGAAGAUACCAUCUACUAUAUAAGUUAUUAUUUAUAUUACACUCUUAGGUUUAAAUCCACCAAUUAUAAAAAAAAAAACUUUAAGAGGAGAAAAGUUAAUAUUUCACAUGUUCAAUAUACAGAAAUGAUCUAUUCCUAAUUUCAGAGUGAAGCGAGUAUUUUAAUAAAAAAUAUCUCUCCAGUUAUUGAAUGACUUAAAAAGAUGCCUGUGUCCUUGCCUGAAAAAUAUUUAAUUAACUUUUUUUUUUUAAAUAACAGUGUACUGGCAUGACACUAUAAUGUUUAUUUAAUUUUUAACAGUGCCCUUAUUUUUGUAUACAAGUUAAAUAUGCAAAUAUCAGUGAAUAUAUUAUCUUUUUUUUUUUUUUUUAAAUGUUACUCCUUUUUUAAAUGCAUGAUGAACAGUUGAACAAGUACUACUUUUUUUUUUUAAAAGCAUACUUUUUAAGCUCAUAAAAACAAAAAAAAAUAAGGUUAAAAACUCUGUGUACCUGUCAGAGAGGGUUCAAAAUGAAACCCUUUAGGAACGCUAAAUAACCUUGAGGAACCGUGUGCGUAAACUUUUCAGCAGACUUGACAGACUUUCUUAUAAAAUCCAAUAUAGUAAAUAAUUUGUAAUAUAAUUACAGGAGUAUAAAAUUUGUUCAAUUCUUUAUAGACCUACAAAAAAAUCCAACAACAACAGAUGUGUAGCACAUAGACUUUGUGGUGGUCUCCUAACCUGUGUCCGGCGCACGAAACACGGAUGUGGUGAGGUUCAGUUUGAAACAGGAAGUAGCACUUCUCGCCCUGUACUUUUUUUUUUUUUUAUCAGACCUUGAGACCUGAGACUGGAAGCAAUUGCAAUGGGCACACACUGACACGCUGUUUAAGAAGGAGUCUCCAGUGUCAGCACUUUUGAACAGUCAGUAAGUUUUCCUCCACUGGAAAGUCUUGAGAGCAGAGGGCUUUGUGCUUUCUGGUUUCUUUGUAACAUGACAAGCUGUGGUUUUCUUGUCAAAUAACUUCAAGAGAGGAAAAAAGGCUGUUAUGAUUGAGGUCACAAGCCUGCAAGGUGCUGUCCUUGCCUUCCUGUCCGUCUCCACCCUGAGCUUCAUCUGUGCUCUCUGCAUACGCUGUAGGAAGAAAACUAUGAUUGUACAGGAGAGUAACCAACUAUAUGUUCCACAAAUAUUUCACCGAGGGGGGAGCAAAUUUGCUGUGACAAGGUCAAAAACAGUGACGAGAACUAACCAGAUGAGCACAAAUCCGUGUCAGAGUUCGGCGGAAAUAACUGUCGCACACACACCUAAGAGCCAGCUGGAGACAGCUGUCCAGGACCAUGGGGGCAGUUACGAGAACAUUAAAAAAUCAAUUCUUGGCAGUAUGGAACCCACCUAUGUAGACCCAAUAGCAACACCGCCACACAAUAACAAUGUUUUAGAUGAUGAUGACAUCGGAGACUACGCAAAUAUUUUUCCAACGCAAGAUGUUCAACAUGACUCAGACAGUUACGAUUAUGAAAACACAGAAUUCCUGCAAAACAGCAAACCUGACGACGAUGAUGAGCCAGAUUACGUCAACGCAGACACGGCUAACAACUAACACAUAAAGUUUUACACUGUUAUCCAAGUUAUAUUAAAUAUGUAUUAGAGUAUAUUGCCAUAUUUAAUAGCACAUAACCAAUGUAGUAUCAACUAAUUGAAUGCUUCAUGGUUUGCAUGUUGGUCUUAUUUGAACUUUUAGUGUAACUUUUAGAUCCAUGUAAUAAAGGCACGUCAUUGUGUGUGAAGAGUAAGCAAAUUUCUUUUUAUGGAAUGAGAAACAGUAUAAUCGAUGUUUUAAGUGCCACUACAUUGAAAAUAAAAUCUUCCUGAUUUUAGUUGGAGUAGUAAUGACCGUUUCCUAAUAUUUCUCUUUAUAUUACUUUAUAAUAUUUAAUUUUAUAUAUAUUAUUUUAAUAUUCUAUUAUAUGAUGUGAUGCACUCAUGAUAUUUUGUGUUCAUUAUCAUAUCUGGAUAUCUGUAGUUUUUCUGCAAAUAAAAUUCCCCAAGUAUGGAACUUGAUUUACAUCAUUAUUACUGUUUAUCAUCUCAGCAACUAUAAUGAACUUAUGUUUGGAUUUUAAAAUAAAUGCUGCAACAUGGUGACCUAUGCUGCACAUUUCUACCAUCGCAACUUAAUACACAUUUUAGACGGUUUUGUCAAUUCUUGCUUGUAGAUGUAAAUGUAAAGAUUAUGGCAGCACUUGUUACAACACGUUUGUCCUUUAAUUAGAAUAAAAUACAGAAUAAAAUGAGCACAACAUGGCAUUCAGUUAAAUUAUUCCUGAGUCCAGUUAAUG